CGAUCCUAUCAUGUCUGUGGUAUAGGGGCAUGGAACAUCUCAUGAUGGUCGAUAUCCAGUACAAGCACGCAAGGAGCGUCGACAUGCAAAAUCUUUUGCGUGUGCGAACUGGACAUCUGCCCGUGGCCCCUUGAGAACUCGAGGGGGAAGAGGCCAUGGUCCAGACAGAUGCCGUCUGGAUCGCGGCUAAUUGUUUGCGGUUGAGUCCCGGAAAUUGAUCUUCGGGUGAACAGCCGUGUGAACGAAACCAAGCGGGGUUCCUUCUGAAGGAGAGAAGCGCGAUAGAAAGGACAGCCCGCCAUGAUCUUUCUCUCACAAUCACGGACGACAAGCAACCAGGAGAGAGGGAGAAAGUGUCCGGUGGGAGGGCUGUUACUUGGCUCCGAAGCCAGCAUCUGGGGCGAGACCCAGGGGAAUCUAAGCUACUGUUGGCCACGUUGCCCUUUGUCUACCCCGCGAGGGCAACGCAAACGAGGUAGUGCUGUUAACGCUUGGUGGGGUCCGGAUAGGACUGAAGCAGGGUUGGUCGCGUCUCCCGGGGACAGAGGCGCUUCACGUCGCACUGUCUCCAUAUGCUCGGCCCUCGAGUUCUGAGUUUGCAGGCUGGGGAUUCCAGAGCCCUCUCGAGUGGGGGCUCUGAUAUAGGGGAUGACAAGGAGGGGAAAUCGGAUAGGAGAUUUGGUACACCGCGGGCUGACGAUACGAAGCCCUUUGCAUGUUUCUGCUAGAUGGUACCUCUUAGAUCUAAAUCCGAACCUUUUCCCUCA